AUGGCAGCGACGGUGGCGGCACCGGCGGAGAUGAAGCGCGAGGUGCGCCAGCAGCGGGCCAAGAUGUCGCUGCGCCGCAAGAGGGCGCUGGCGCCGCUCCAGCAGCAGCAGGUCAACGGCCUCUACGUGCACUCCAGCCCGCCCAGAGUGGUGCAGAUGAACCCGAGCACGAUCCGGCAGUGGCUGCGCGGUGGCGACCUGGAACGGCUGGAACAGGUGGUGCUGGAAGGCCACGGCCACCGUCUGGUGGGGGAGUACAGCCCGGAGCCCAGGGUGCGCGCCUUUCUCAAGACUGUGCCGGACUACAUGGCCCGGAUCGAGCUGGUGCACGACGCAGCGUCGCGCGGGGACCUGGAGGAGCUGCAGGCGCAGCUGCAGGAGGCGGGCGGCUUCCGGCGGCUGGCGCAGAGCAAGGACGCGGCGGGCCUGGGGCUGGCGCACAAGGCCGUGCUCGCCGACGACGAGCGCAUGCUGCGAUGGCUGCUCGACGCGCACCCCGCCGCCGCCGGCGUCAAGGACCGCGAGGGCCGCACGGCGCUGCACUACUGCUCGGGCUGCGCGGACCCGCGCGGGAUGUGGUCGCUGCUGGAGGCGGCGGGGGCGGACGUGGGCGCCGUCGACUCUGCGGGCCACACAGCCGCCUUCUACAUGCAGCACCCCGAGCAGGCGCCCGCCAGGCCCAGCCACAGCGCCGCCAACGACGCCUCGCAGGCGCGCAAGCUCACCACCGGCAAGGAAGCUGAGCGUAAUCAGAGGCUCGCGACGAUUGAUGCAGGCAUUCGAUGUACGACGCUACUAUGUACUGGCGGUGCCGGCUGCGCAGGUUUCGUGGUGACGCGGGCCAAUAUCCGCAUCUGGAUCCACGACCGCGACAUGGGCCGCCUGCAGCAGAUGCUGUGGGAGGGCCACGGCGACAAGCUGCGGGUCGAGACCAGCAACAACCCGCGCGUGCGCCGGCUGCUCGUCGGCGUGCCCUACAUCAUGGGUACCAUCCGGGACGUGCACAUGGGCGCCGUCACAAACGACCUGGCCCUCUUCCAGAUGCGCAGCGCCGACCCGGUGCCCGUGCAAAUCCUCGCCAGCAAGGACCAGAACGGCCUCACGCCGCUGCACAAGGCGGCGGGCCUAGGCCACGAGCGCAUCGUGGACGACGUGCUGGAGCGGCUGCCCACGGCGGUCAGCAGCGCCGACCACGAGGGCCGGCAGCCGCUGCAUUACGCGGCCGCGCUGCGCGACGGCGGCGCCAUGUACGGUAGACUCGUAGCUGCCGGCGCCGACGAGCAGGCGCUCGACAACCGCGGCCGCCCCGCUGCCUGGUACCGGGCCCACCCCGGCGAGCUGGACGCCAAGCUGCUGUCUGUCAUCCCGGAGGCUCCGAGGACGGCGUCCGUGGUGCCGCCCGGCUGGGACUGGCGCAUCGCGGGGGGCGGCGCGGGGGCGGCGGCGGGGGUGGCGGCGGCGGUCGCCGCUUCAGAGGCGCCCACCGCACCCGCCUCGCAGGUCACCACACCCGUCUCGCCCAAGAGCAAAGACGACGAUACAGAGCCGUCGGAGGAAGUGGAAGAACAAGUGAAGGCACCAGAAAUUAAGAAAGCAGCAGAGGGGCAGACGCCGGAAGAUGAGGUGGACGAAGGCGUAGGCGAAGAAGGCGACAAUGGAGAUGACGAAAGUGGUAGUGGGGGCAGAGACAGCGCACAGGCGGAACAGGAGGAGGAGCAGCAGAAGGGAGAGAUUGAAAAGGAAGCGGCCGAGGAGAGCUCUGGCAUAGGAGAGGGGGAACUGGCAACCGAACCGGAAAGCAGUCCGGAUGAAACUGUGGGAAUGGAGAAUGGAGAAGAGGGAGAGAAAGGAGAAGAGAAUGAGGGACCGAAUACGGUUAGUAACGAGGAAAAAGGGGGCGACGGUGUCGACGAAGAGACUGGAGAAGGCACAGACAGAGAUGCAGGCAACGAGGACAACAGGGAUGAGACGGAAACGGAAGAGGACGGGCAGAAGAGAGAGGAGAUGGAGAGGGAGGCGGCGGAGAGGGAGGAGGCGGAAAGGGAGGAGAAGGAACGGCAAGAGGCGGAGCGGCAGAUGCAGCUGGAGCGAGAACGCGAACUGGAGAGGGCCCUGGAAGAGCGCAGCAGGCGGCGGCGCAGCCAAGAGGUGAGCAAUGAAGAACUGGCAGAAACCAAAGGACAGCUGGGCGAUGAAGACGGCGGCGAAGAAGGCGGCGAGGAUGGCGGCGAAGAAGGUGGCGAAGAAGGUGACGAAGCAGGUGAGAAAGAAGGUGGUGAAGAGGGCCGUGAAGAGGCCGGCGAAGCAGGUGAUGAGCCCGAGUCCAACGGCGACCACGAGAACGGCGUGGGCGAAGAACAGCCCGUGGCCGAGGGUGUGGUCACUGGAGAGGGAGCGGGCCAUGACGUGCAGCAGGGACAGGCCGACGUCUGGGUGCGGAGCGAGGAGGAAGACGAGGGCGAGCAAGCGGACGACGAAGACGCGGCAGGGGAGGACGAGCAGCAAGACGCGGAGCAAGAGAAACCAGAGGACUCAGAGCAGGCGGGGGACGAGGAGGUGUCGAGGCUGGUGGCGGCGGGCGACGUCGACCAGCUGGCGGCCAUGGUGCUCAGCGGCGACGGCGGCCGGCUGGCGGGGCUGCGCGCGCACCACCCCGACGUCCAGGCCUUCCUCGACAACGUGCCCGCCUACAUGGAGAAGAUCGCAGCGGUGCACGCGGCUGCGCGAGCAGGCAGCGUGCGCGAGCUGCAGGCGGCGCUGGACCGGCGGCGCUUCGCGGUGGCGCGUGACGCUGGCUGUCCCGCCAGGCCGACGCCGCUGCACGCGGCCGUGCUGCUGGGACACACCGACGUCGUGCGCUACCUGGGCGCGCGCUUCCCGGAGACGCUGGCCGCCACCGACGCGCAUGGCCGCACACCGCUCCACUACGCGGCCUGCCUCGCAGACAACGGCCACUACUACCACCUGCUGACUGCGCUCGGCGCUCGCGCCGAUGCUCUCGACCAGGACGGCCACACGCCAGAGUACUACCUCCAGCACCCGGAUGAGCUGUCGCACCGCCAGCUGCUGCAGGACAUAGGCGCCGAUGAGACAGUGGCCGACAACCUUGUCGAUAAAGUGGGCAGUCCCGACCGCGUGAGCUCGCGGCGCGACCUGGAGGAGGAGACGGCGCGCGCACUGCUGCGCUGCUACCAGCAGCUGGACGUGGCGCUGGCCGCGCGCAGGCACCUGCCGCCGCAGCGCUUCCAGCAGCUGAGCCGGCGCCAGACGCGCCGCGACCACUGCCUCCUCGACGUCAUCUGGCCCGCCGCGCGCCGCGACGCCGCCGUCACGGCCGCCGCCGCCGCCGGGAACGGCCCACCUCCCGACCCCGACCAGCUGGACGAAGCCGUCUACCUGUGCGGCGGCGCGCUCGCUCCGGACGCCGAAUCUUACGCCGUGUUCGCGGAGCUGAUGGUACCCCUCGCGUGCGAACUCCACGUGUUGGCCGGACCUCACCAGGUGCCCGCGGACCAUCCCCCUUCUUCGUUCCGUAGCGACCGAGACCUCCGAGAGGGAGACGACGCCCUACUCGCGCUCCCGGACGUCGACUCUUCCGGCAAGUGCGUGCGAGACUGUACCGGGGAGGUCUGUCGAAACCUGGACGGGUUGCCCCUGCCUCUCGGUAUGACGCUACCGGAGCUGGAAAUGGUCGAGCGUAAAUUCCUGAACGAGCUGGAGGGCGGUGCCCUCGAGGGAGGCGACGUUUCGGACGGCGUAUACGUCACUCUGCAAGACGUGCUCGACGGGAGGGGCGAUCUCCUGGCACGGCUCCGCGCCGAGGGACUGGCCAUUCCGCUGCCGCCGGCGCAGACUGUGGGCUCCGCCAGCCUGAUCAACGGACCGCACUGGCCGCACGGGCGCGGCGUCUUCCUCAGCGCCGACGGCGAGGCGGCCGUCUGGCUGAACGUGCAGGAGCACCUGCGGGUGGUGGUGCGCGCGCGCAGGCCGGCCGACUGCGUGGCGCGGCUCGAGCGCGCGCUCGCGCGGCUCUCCGCGGCCGCGUCCGACGGCUUCGCGCGAGACCGCCGGCUGGGCUUCGUGGCGGCGCGGCCGUGCGCGCUCGGCUGCGCGCUGACACUGACCGCGCGCGCGCGCCUCCCGCGGCUGUCGCGCGACCAGCGCGCGCUGCGCCGGCUGUGCGCGGCGCGCGGCCUGCGAGUGGGGACCGCCGGGCCGGCCCACGCGCCGCCACUGUUGCUACUCUCCGCACGCCGCCUACUCGGCGUCGACGAGAGCACCGCUGCCGAGGAGUUCUGCACGGCGGUCGCCAACGUCGUCCAACUGGAGCAGACGGCGGCCGCUUCGGAAGAAAGAAGGAUAGCCUCUUCACAAGGUGAGCCAGUGUUUUGGACUGAAGAAGGGCGUUACCUGGCAGCAUCACUUGGUGAUCCACUCAUAAAGGGAUUGAAAGAAAUAGCAGACAAGAGACCACAAGAUCCUGUGACUUAUCUUGCAACAUAUCUCUUCAAUGCUGCAAACAAUCACAAGUCUAUUGGUAAUAUGCAGGAAAACAACAGGCUGAUAGCACCACCACCACCAGCAAAGGGACGUCUAGAAGCUGCUCCCAUACCAUCUGACAUGGAUCCACAAGAGGCAGAUAUUGAGGAAGUGCCAGAAACACCAGAAAACAGUGCAAUAGACAGAGAUGAACAUGGCCAGAGCAUGCUCCAUUUUGCUGCAGCAAGAGCACAUGGACGUAAUGGAUUAUUCCAGCUCCUGCAGGAGACUGGUUUGAAUGCUGGCUAUAGGGAUGAAUUGUAUCGCACAGCACGAGAUGUUGCAAUCCAGGCUAAUAUUCCUGACAAUAUUCAUGACAUUGAUAAGUGGGUCCUUCAUCUUGCUGCAAAUGGAGAAAGGGAGAAGCUUAUGGAACUUCUGCUAGAGGGUUAUGAUCAUAUACUUGAUGUCGAAAAUGAUGAUGGACUAUCAAUAAUUGAGGUAGUAGCACAAAGUGAACAGCCUGAGACAUUACAAUUUUUGCAGUCUAUAUCUGACUUUGAGGAAAGAAGAGAGGAGCUUCAUAAUGCUGUACGUCAGGGGAAUCUUUUGAGAGUUCGUGAGCUUCUUGAAGCAGAUGAUGCAGAACUUCUUGCUAUUGCAAAGAACAUAUAUGGUCGAAGCAGUCUGCAUAUAGCUGUGCUGUGUCAAGAUGAAGAGAUCACACAGUUUCUGACUGAUAGAUUUCCUGCAACACUGAAAACAGGAGAUAAUCUUGAAAGGACUGCAUUACACUAUGCAAUGGGUGUGGAAAAAGUUGAAGAACUAAGUACAUUCCUCAUAAGAGCAGGAGCCAGAAGAAUUGCAAAGGAUCUGAAAGGGAGACAGCCAAGCUACUACUUCAUGAAUAAAUCAGAUAUACUCAGGCUCCAAGAAGAUGAAGAUACCUUUAAAAUGUAACAUCUUUUCAUAAGGUCCUUAAAUGUAUGUAAGACAUGGACUAAAAGAAUCCCAUUUAAAUGUUGUGGUUCUGUUGCUUUAUGCAGCUAGUACUGAGUAAUUUCAAAUAAAUAAUGGGCCAAG